GGCAUUCCGCGGGCGGCGGCGGCGGUGGCGGCGGCGGCGGCGGCGGCGAGGCGAGGCGGAGGAGGACCGUGUGCGGUGGCGGGUGGCAGGUAGAGGUGUGAGAGCGGCGAGGUACUGAGGGGAGCCGGGCCGGUGGGGCCGCCGCCGCCGCCAUGCAGGAAAUCAUCGCCAGCGUGGACCACAUCAAGUUCGACUUGGAGAUCGCGGUGGAGCAGCAGCUCGGGGCGCAGCCGCUCCCCUUCCCCGGCAUGGACAAGUCAGGGGCUGCUGUCUGCGAAUUCUUUUUGAAAGCAGCCUGUGGCAAAGGGGGCAUGUGCCCAUUCCGCCACAUUAGUGGCGAGAAGACAGUGGUGUGCAAACACUGGCUACGGGGGCUGUGCAAGAAAGGGGACCAGUGCGAGUUCCUGCACGAGUAUGACAUGACCAAGAUGCCUGAGUGCUAUUUCUACUCAAAGUUCGGGGAGUGCAGCAACAAGGAGUGCCCCUUCCUGCACAUCGACCCCGAGUCCAAGAUCAAGGACUGCCCUUGGUACGACCGUGGCUUCUGCAAGCACGGUCCCCUGUGCAGGCACCGGCACACGCGGAGAGUCAUCUGCGUGAAUUACCUGGUGGGAUUCUGCCCAGAGGGGCCCUCGUGUAAAUUCAUGCACCCUCGAUUUGAACUGCCGAUGGGAACCACCGAGCAGCCUCCACUGCCGCAGCAGACGCAGCCUCCGACAAAGCAAAGUAACAAUCCGCCAUUACAAAGGUCGUCCUCCUUGAUCCAGUUAACGAGUCAGAACUCUUCUCCCAAUCAGCAGAGAACCCCGCAGGUCAUUGGGGUCAUGCAGAGUCAAAACAGCAGUGCAGGCAACCGGGGACCCCGGCCGUUGGAGCAGGUCACCUGUUACAAGUGUGGUGAAAAAGGACACUACGCCAACAGAUGCACCAAAGGGCACUUGGCCUUUCUCAGUGGACAGUGACAGCAGCUGGAGCCAGCUCGGAGCAGCCCAAGGGGCCCCGUCGUUGGGGCCCACUCCAGGCCAUCCUGGGGAGCGUGCAUUGAACUGUGUAAUGCCAGUGUUGGUGCAACUCUGGCUGGGGCUGGCAGGCAGGCACACUGGGGUUGAUCAUUCUGAGGGGCUGUGUCUGCCAGUUUCCCUAUCAUUUUGCUGUAAUUUUUUUUUUAAAUGGGACAUGUACUCCAGUUGCCCCAAGUCAGCAUCAUGUUUGUCUAGGCAUCAACACUUCCUGUCUGGGACUCCCUGUACACCACCCUCUGGGGAGGGGAGGAAGUUGUGGGAAAGGGCUUCUGCUAAACAGUUGUGUAUGAAAGACAGCCCUUCCUCUGGGACCUCAUUAAACACCAGUUCUCCAUGACCCCAGGGGCUGGUGGGUCAUUAAAACUGGCCAGGUCAUGCCUGCUUCCUCCAUGUCCUGCUGAAUUCAGAAGCUGUGCCUAUCAAUGUGAUUUGCACGAGGCAGCCCUUCAGGGCAAACUCAAGGGAGCUUGUCGCUUAGCCUGGCCCUGCUCCAAGGUGGCAGCAACUGAGAGGAGGGGUGUAGGGCUCUCAACUGUGAGGGUCUUUUUCCUCUGGGCUUACUUUCUUGGGGCACUCGCUUGACAGUGUUUAAGGUAUACCUUCAGCUGGAGCUGCAGACCACCCUUGAAAUAGAUGACACAGUCCAUCUGUGCACUUACCUCCUGCCCCAUCAAGUGUCUGUACUACCAGACAGCUUUGGCCUAUGGAGACCACCCUGCCGAGCCUGGAAAUGUGAAACCAUCACCUGGAACCUGCUGGGCAAGUGGGCCUAUCCAAGUUCAAUUACAAGGACAAUUUUUAUGAAGUUGAUUAAAGCUUGUUUUUUAA